AGAUUGAUCUUCCCCACUCUCCUUUCUGUACCCACCACUUACACAAUCACUUGUGUGUCCACUCCUUCAAGACUUCAAGAUGGGCGCCUACAGAGACCAGCACAUAGUCGAGCAACCCCCAUGGCUAAAGUUCAUACGCAUAGCCCAAGUAGGCCUCUCAUUACUCAUUCUCGCUCUGGCAGCUUUCGCCUUGAGCGCAAUCCCGUAUGGGAACACUUUCGGCACGUUUGGGUUCAACAUCUUCACCGUACAUCCCCUCUCCUUCUUCCUUCGCCGACCUGACCAUACUAACAGUAAACUUUCAGUGCAUCUUCACCCUCAUAGUGGGCAGUUACCUCAUCUUAACCCCCAUUAAGGCCCCAAAACUAUACAAUUGCUGGGCCGCCCUCGUCCUUGAAAUCUUCGGCGUGAUCUUCUGGCUAUCUGCGUUUGCGACGCUGGCAUCAUGGGCUUCACUGGGACUGCUUACCAUCGGUGCCCUUGACAAGCGCGAUGCUAAAAAAUCUUCCUCCUCCUCCUCCUCCUCCUCCUCAUCGUCUUCAGAUACCUCCUUUAACUCCGACUACUAUAAUCGACUACAAAAGGAAGCAGAGGAUCGGUAUGCGAAGUACCAAGCUGGGUGGAGAUGCGCUGGGGCUGCGGCCGGUCUGGGAGGAAUUGUUUGGUGAAUCACCCUUACCUUGUUCGAUAAAUGUGAGGAAGCGAUAUCUAACUGGGGUGAUAGGAUACUGUUUAUGAUUACCCUGAUCACUUACUCCAUCUUCCUGCAUCGCCACAGAAUGAACCCGGAGAACAAGGGCCUGCCCGAUAACGGUACCCCCGCCAGGGAUGGCGGCGAGGCGGGAGUCCCACGCUCAGGUGCGGCGGAGGUGAAAGGGCAUGAGAUGGGGAGCGUGCAUGUCGGUGCCGUGGGUGGGGAGUACCCUAGGCCCUAUUAACUUUGACUUUCUAUAUUCACACCCGUCUUCCUUUUUAAUUUCUCCUUUUCACUCAUGGGUGUCUUUUUUUUCAUCUUAUUAUCCUAUCCGUAGUAUGGUAGCUAGCUUGACGUUGGCAGUUCUGAGCAAUUUUUUAUUAUUAACGCGGGGUGAUGGUGGGUUAUUCACGAUUUAUUAGGACUUGGGAGCGGAGUGUGGGGGGUUUUUUCGGAUCAUAUAAAUCUAUAUUUCAUUACUCAAUUUUUUUUUUCCUUCCUUCCUCAACACUGUCUGUACUGUACAGUACCAACGAUCUAUAUCCGCACGAAAUUAAUA